AUGUCAAUCAAACAAGGAAGGCCACAUAGGUUCCUCACAAUCCAGGAUUACCGCUCCUUGCGCUAUUCGCGCAUGUUCCUCAUUUUGCAUUGCAUUUCCGUCUGCUUCAUUAUAAUAUUGCAGAUAUUUGCGUUUCCCUUCCAAAUCAUCCGAAAUGGCUGCUCAUUGGUUCUUUGGAUGUUCUACCUUCAUGUAUGCAUGUUCUCGGCUUCUCAAUUAGUGUUAUUCAAGGCCUUGCGCAAAAGCAUCUCGGUGGCUGUAUUUGCAAUGCUCACGGUAUAUGUAUGUUUGUCAAUGCUGAGCACAACCUUUACCACGUGGAGUAUGUUUAAGACGAUUAGCAACAGCACGGAGGAGUAUGUAAUCACCAUUAUUGGACCGGUGCAUAUAGAUGUGACUCAGCGAAUUAUUCUGAUAUCUGUCAUUUCUUUCUUCAUGUCAUGUAUCUCAUCCAGCCUACUCAUCUCGUCAUUUAUCUUCUAUAAAUUCAGUUACUCCGAGCACAAGAAGUUCAAGCACUGGUUGCGACACGGGACUGUCAGGAAUAACCUUCUGUUAAUGAAUCAGAAUGACAAGCAUGUGUUUGAGUGUAUCAAUGUGGAUGGUCAAGCUUUCGGCGUCGCGGACAAUUGUGAAGGGAGUAACUUUGAAAAAUAUUAG